AUGGCGAAUGUGAAAUCAUGGACCGUGGACGAUGUUUCCAGAUGGCUGGAACAAAGCGGUUUUCAGAAGUUUGCCGAGGAUUUCCGUGAGCAAGGAGUAGACGGGGAAGUUCUGCUUACCCUCACGAGCGAAGAACUUAAGGAUGAGUUUGGCAUGAAGCUAGGGGACCGGAAAAAGAUGAUGGAGCGGAUCGAGAACUUGAAGGAGACUUUCGCAAGCCUUCAAAUCAGCGAUCCGCCCAAUGCAGAGCCAAGCAGGUCCGGGACGCCCAGCGCCGAGAUUGAAAAGCUCUACCUGCUGGAUGGCCGCAACAUUGCGUGCCAAGGAGGCGAAAGCUUUGACAAGCCGAACUUGAGGAAGCUGAUAAAGGCUUUGAAUUGGCACGUGGAGCAUCGUCCGGACUGGAAAGUCUCGACGUUUGUCUACGAGGCCCUGAUGGACCAAUGGAAUGAUGAGUAUCCGAAUGAUGCCAGAAAUCUGGCUGACCGUAUCACAACGACUCCAAGAAGGGAAGAUGUCGACAAGUUCAUCAUUCGAAUGGCUGCAGACGCAGCUAAGCGAGGAUGCCUCGUGAAGAUUGUCUCGAAUGACAACUUCCGUGAGUACAUCGGAGAGGUGAAGGACUUUCACUUUUCGGAAGACUGGGUGCGAGAUCAUGUCGUGAAGUUUUGCUUUUCUGCUGGCUCUGAAGACUUCAUUCCUGCCGAUGGAGUUGGGGAAGGACAUGCCUCGGAUGUGGGAAACUCUUCUGUGCCAGAACCAGAAGCAAGCACAAACGCAACGACAAGGCUCCGUGUUCAAAGCUGCUAG